GUCAAAGUCGGACGUCUGGGAUGCUUUCUUCUGAAAACUGAUUUAGUUUUAGUACUUUUUGCUAGUUUAAGCGUUAUUUUGGUAAUAGAAAUCGGUUUAUAGGAAAAAAAACAUCAAAUGUAAAGGAAAAUAUAACCCUUUCAAUUUAAAGUUGUAAUAUUCUUGAGAAUGGCUAAAGAAGAAGAAUACGAUAACCUACCAGAUAAAGGUGCUGCUAAAGAAUUCUAUGCAAAGUAUGAGCCAAAAGAAAUACUGGGGAGAGGUAUCUCUUCAACUGUUCGAAGGUGCAUAGAGAAGGAAACUGGAAAGGAAUUUGCUGCGAAAAUAAUUGAUUUGAGUACAAGUGAUGGUGUACAUGAUAGCUCUUCUCUUGAGGCAACUAGACAAGAAAUUGAUAUUUUGAGGCAUGUUGUGGGACAUCCUUACAUUAUUGAAUUGCAAGAUGUCUUUGAAUCCAGAACAUUUAUAUUUUUGGUAUUUGAGCUAUGCAAACACGGUGAAUUGUUCGAUUAUUUGACAUCAGUAGUUGCACUUUCAGAGAAGAAAACAAGGUAUAUUAUGAAGCAAAUAUUAGAGGGAGUUCAACAUGUUCAUUCAAGACAUGUUGUUCACCGAGAUUUGAAGCCAGAAAAUAUCCUUCUUGAUGACAACUUGAAUGUAAAAAUUACUGACUUUGGAUUUGCUAAAAUUUUGAAAGACGGAGAGCUGUUGCAGGAUUUAUGUGGCACUCCUGGAUAUCUUGCCCCAGAAACUUUAAAAUGCAACAUGUUAGAAGAUGCUCCAGGAUACUCUUUUGAGGUGGAUAUAUGGGCAUGUGGUGUUAUCAUGUAUACACUGUUGGUGGGUUGUCCACCUUUUUGGAAUAGAAAACAAAUGGUGAUGCUCAGAAAUAUAAUGGAAGGAAAGUAUUCAUUUUCUUCACCAGAAUGGGCAGAUAUAUCAGAAUCACCAAAAGAUCUAAUUAGAAAAAUGUUGGUUGUUGAUCCUAAGAAACGAAUAAGCUUAGAAAAAGCUUUAGCUCAUCCAUUUUUCCAGACAGUGCAACUGUGGGAUCAAGACAUAGCCCCACUGAAACAAUCAUUGAGAAAAUCUAGCAGGCGCUUUAGUCGUAUUUCUGAACUGGCACUGAAACUUCAUCAUACGGAAUUCAAUGCAAGAAAUAAGUUCAAAUGGGCCAUCUUGGUAGUGCGAUCAAUGAUUAGAAUACAAAGGCUUCGAUUCACCCCUGAACCAUUAAAUUUGGCAAUAGCACGAACAGACCCAUAUCGAUUAAAGCUUUUGAGAAAGGUCGUUGACGGCUGUGCUUUUCGUGUCUAUGGACAUUGGGUGAAAAAAGGAGAAGGACAAAAUCGGGCCGCCUUAUUCGAAAACUCGCCAAAAACAGAGCUAAAACAGAUAUAUUUGGCGAACUUGAGUCGAUAGUAAUUCGAUAUAUUAGAUAAAUUUGGUUGACAGUUUAGGUUAAUUUACUCAGCAGAUUAUUGUUGAAUUCUGUAUACUAUUUAUUUACGUGAUAUUUGAAUUUUUUUUCUGCCUCAAUGUUCACAAUGCAGUAUUGCAUAUUUUUCCAUUGUAGGACUGUUUUGUACAUUUAUUAUUGUUUUCUUUUUUGAGUACCCGCUAUUCGGUAUUAUACAAUAAUAAAUAAUUGAAUACAGUUGUUUUGAUCA